UCCUCCUCCACAAUCCUCCCUACCCCCGCCGCACGGUUGGACGGCGGCGCCCACGACCGGCCAGGCUCGCGCCCGCGCGCUCGGCCGCCGGAGAGCGAGGCGCGCAGGAGACCGGGGCCGGAGCCGGCACGCGCAGGGCGAGCACGGCCGCGGGGCCGCGCCCAGGCGCCCCUCGGCUCCGCAGCCCCGGCGGAACAUCGGGGAGAGAGAGAGAGAGAGAGGUCAACAGAACUCCACUCCCACAGCAACCACCUCGACAUGCGAAGACGUGCAGUAAGCGCGCCCAAAGAAGGAAUGGAACAGGGCAGAGCUGUUUGGUAAACGCCCAGGGCCGUUAGUACACGCCAAGUGUCGGGUCCGGGUGGUCUGUCCUCCCCUGAAGAGAGAGAGAGAGAGAGAGAGAGAGAGAAAAAAAAAAAAGAGAGAGGGAGAGAGAGACAACGCUGAGUACAAAACACACGAGCACAAACGCCGUGGCCGCAGAGGGCGUCGCAAUACAGCUCCACGGCUGCGCGCCAGGCAGAAAUUACGCUAUCGCACAGGGCGUCGCAACAGCACAGGACAACGCAAUACCGCUGGCUGCGGCAGAAAUUACGCUAUCUUGAGCUGCGGCAGGGCCUCCUCACCCCCAACGGCCCGGACAGCGUGAGCAAAAAUAAGCUAAAUCAAUGUUGUUCGGGGGCGCCCUCGCUUUCGCAUGAAAGUCUAUGCUGCUAGCUUGCACGGAAAAGGCGUAUGACAACGCAACGGAUCUUAUCGUCAGCUGGCUUCCGGGCAAUAUCACCUAGGAGCAGCAGCUAGCGAUUCAGCAAAGUAUUGCUCAGUGUGGCAGCGCCUGCUUGCUGCAAGUAGCCGCUAGAAUUCGUUACGCGGCUAAUGUAUGAAUGAGGUACGCGAAGUAUCUACCUCAGACAUCAAGAACUCUGAAAAAGUCCAUAUGGGCGACGAAGAAGAAACGGGUCUUACGCAAGGUCUUGCGGGCCAAUGUCCGUGCAGACGACCCUGGUUUCUUCCGUCGCUCAUAUCGCGGCGAGAGGUCCCCGCCCCGUCGUGCGCUCGGCGCCGCCGGGGAGGGGGAGGACCGCGAGGACAGCCCUGGGCAGGGAGCCGAUUCUCCACCCUUAGGGAAUCUCCCGCCCAGAGAGCAGAGCUCGUGCCAGCUGGGGACCCCCCCGGGAGGUCGCAGGCGCCCAGCUAGCUAUGUACGUGCACACGGCCCCUCGAUCCGCGAGACCGACGGCGUGUUACGAACAUUCGCGCAACGCGUACCCUCGAAGCCAGCGUGGACUCACAGAGAAGCGUUUCUCGCCGCGCUCGGGCCCCUGGAGCCCUUCACGACCCGGCGAGGGUCGAGGGCCGAGGCUUCAGACGCUCUUGGCCCCGUCUGGGCCUCCAGGGGCCAGCCUGGGGCCUCCCGGGGAGGGGGGCCCGGCCAGCCCGCGGACGAGCGGAAGGGCGGGGAGCAAGAGAAGAGCAGGUAGGGAGGGCAGGGCAAUGGAGGCAAACUGCUGCAGCCCUCCGCGCCCCAUGGCGGCGGCCUCGACGAGAAGAGCCUUCGCGCCUCUGCUGGCUCGUCUCAACAACGACGCACGCGCUGUGCAUUCUCACCGGGGGAGACCAGCAGGUACGUACCUAUACCGAUGCUCCCCAGGCCCUUCCCGGUGCGCCUUCUGACCAGGACUUCGAGGCGAUUACAACCGUGGCGACGAGGGCAGCCCGCCCAAGAGGCCCGAAGGAAGGGGAAGAGUGAGGCAGGGGUAGCGGUAUGGGUACCGUGUCCUCCUCUGACUCACCAGGCAGCUUCGCCUCAAGAGUCCGAGCCGAGGAUGCAGCGGGGCGGGACGAGGCAGCGGGACCGACACGAUCGGCCCAGUGGGCGGCCGAGGGGGCCGGCGAAGCGAGAAGGGAAGGAAGCGGCCAGGGCCCGCGUGCCCCUGCCGCUGGCGCUAGCAAGGGCCGCGGCUCGCGCGUUCGACCCUAUGGAAGGGAACUAGCACCGGACUAUCUUCUCCAGAGCAGCCCACCUAGCUUCCGCUGCUGAAAAAAAAUCGUCCCUGCGCGAAGAGCGGCAUCGACCUCCAGCCGAUUCUAAACUGGACGCGGCAGUGACGGUAGGUUCUCUUGCCUCCCCUCCCU